GCAUUCCAUUUUUUCCCAGUUCUAAUAAUUCAAAGCUAUCGUUUGAAUUCUCUAUUUCUUCGUAUAGCUGUUUUUGGGCAUUUUAAUGCAGCUAAGAAAUGUCGAGGAAUGCAAACACUGAAUCACUAGGAAAUGCUUUGAGUUCUUCGGAAUAUACGAAUGUUGCAGCUGUGAGCAGCAAACAGAACAAUUCUUUCGACUUUUUGGGCAUGCUAUAUGAUAGUGCCGUAGCAGGAGCUGCUGCUGGUACUGUGGUGGAAGCUGUUUUGUAUCCGGUUGAUACGAUAAAAACACGACUGCAAGCAGUUCGUGGUGGGGGUGAAAUUGUUUUGAAGGGCCUCUACUCGGGAUUGGCUGGAAAUCUGGCUGGUGUUAUACCGGCAUCAGCACUGUUCAUUGGCGUAUAUGAACCUACAAAGCAGAAGUUGCUCGACAUUUUUCCUCAGAACUUGUCUGCCGUAGCACACCUGGCUGCAGGCGCAAUUGGAGGAGCUGCUUCUUCUAUUGUUCGGGUUCCUACUGAGGUUAUUAAACAGAGAAUUCAGACUGGUCAAUUCGCUUCAGCACCAGAGGCUGUUCGCGUUAUAGUAGCUAAGGAGGGUUUUAGAGGCCUUUUUGCGGGAUAUGGGUCCUUUCUAUUGCGCGAUCUUCCUUUUGAUGCAAUUCAGUUCUGCAUUUAUGAGCAGCUUCGAAUUGGGUACAAAUUGGCUGCAAGGAGGGAUCUCAAUGGUCCUGAAAAUGCAAUCAUUGGUGCCUUUGCAGGCGCAAUCACUGGGGCCGUCACUACUCCACUCGACAUGGUGAAAACCAGGUUAAUGAUACAGGGAUCAGCGAAGCAGUAUGAUGGUAUAUUUCACUGUGUUGAUACCAUUAUACGAGAAGAAGGGAGCUCUGCCUUUUUCAGGGGCAUUGGGCCUAGAGUGCUGUGGAUAGGCAUUGGUGGUUCUAUAUUCUUUGGAGUUCUUGAGAAGACGAAGCAGCUGCUCGCCCACAAGCGCUCACCUGGAGAGAAGGAACGCGAUAGUCUGAAGCUGGCAUGAAAACGAGCUCGAUUGCUGUGUUUUUUAAGUUGGCCUACUAUAUUCAACCGUAAGUCUGUUGUGUUGCAGAAAUUUUGGAAAAUAAAUUCGACAUUUUUGGUGUUUAGGAAUAUUAUGAUAUUGACUCAUAUUAAAUCUCUGAGACACUCAUUCUUGCUUA